AUGAAGAUCUCCCUUCUGCAGCAGAUGUAUAAGGAUGUACUGGUAGGCAUUCCACUAGCAAAGGAAAGCCAUCAUUAUACCUCUUUACUUAAUCUUUGUGUUGAGCAGUCACCAGAAAGAGUUGAAUCAUGUAAUUGGAUGGAUCUGCCACCUAGUAAUGGUGGUAUUAGGAGACAUCAGGACACUGAUAUAUCCGAUGUGGUUGUCCCUGCAACAGACGAUAUAUCAAAUAGCUUUGCAAACAUGAACUCCUCAUUCUGUCCACGAGAAGUGAUGCUGCUUCAGUUAACCUUGAUCAAGAUGAUGGUUGCUAAAGCAGAGUCCCAGGAAAUUGAAUUCAGUAUGAGACAGAAGUACUGUGAAAUCUUUGUCCUCCUUCUGAAGGAAGCAAAAAUUGACUCAAAAUUGAUUUGUUUGGUCGGUAGUUAUGAUCAGCUGUUAUCUCACAUGGCUUCAAAAAGUUUAGCAUCGCUUGUGUAUUUCCAGCUGAAGGAAGAGAACGCAUUAAAUGUCACCUGGCUCACCUUUAGUUUGAAGACUCUUUCAGGAUUCCCUGUGAAUACCCAGGUAGCAGAAUGCCUGUGGACUCUUACUACUAUUAUCAAGGACAUACUGAAAGAUAAAGUUUUACCCAAAGCAGGUAUUUUGGAGAAGUUGUUGGCUCCUCUUGAUGCUGUGCUUGAAGGAUUUUAUAAUUCUGUUCUUUUCCAUCACUUUGACAGUCACUGCUAUACUUCACCUUAUUCUGAAGCUGCAAACAAUUUGAUCAGUUUUAUAGAUCUGCUUGAAGCACUUUUGGCUUCCAGAAUUGAAGUAGAACCACCGCUCAGAUGCCAGAGAGUAUUGUUUUUGAAAGUUUCUUAUGUCCUGAACCUGGUUAGCUCCUCAAUUCACUACUUAAUCAAGAAGAAGUUCAUUAUGCUCCUUAAAAAAUGUGUCCUUUACAAGUCUAGAGAAGAUGCUAAAAGUGGAUCGCUGUUUUUACAAAACCCAUCUUUACAUGAGGAUAUGCUUGCAUUCAGUAAUGCUGUUCUGCGGGUUGUGAAUUUGACGUGGCUUAAUGGGAUCCCGCUCAGUGAAAAGGCCAGCUACUUUGGAGGCGGUGAAGCUGCUCCUGGAGGUGAUACUCAAGGUGGUUCUGACCAAACUGUUCUCAGAGCCUUAAGUCUGGUUGUGCUUAAAGCACUGGAAUUGAAGUUUCAGAACUCUGCUACAGAAGCUGAAAUCAAAGGAGACUUUCAGAGUUCCAUGUCCCAGCUGUUGAUAUUCUGGAGGAGUCAUCUGAAGUCCUUGCCACAGUCUCACCAAGUUGUACAUCACUGUGAAUGGCUCUCCUUGAUUUUCAUAGAGCAAGAUGAUGACAUGUGGGAAGCUGCUAACACUUUAUUACUAAUUUAUUUAAAAUUUGAUAGGUUACGGCAUGAUGCUGCUGGUAACUUAAGCCAAAAAGAGGAGGAGACCUGGAACUUCCUUACACAUGCAAGUGGAUAUAAUCCUCACUGCAUCUUUUUAUUUUUCCUAGAAAAAAUCGCAUUUGAUUCCACAGUACUUCUAGAUUUUUUGAUUUCAUCAGAAACUUGCUUUCUAGAGUACUUGGUAAGGUACUUAAAGCUUCUUAGUAAAGACUGGCAUCAAUUUGUCGAUGUCUGUAACCAUUUUGAUACUAAACAUGGCACCUUUCAACCAAUUUCUUCUGUCAAGCCACCCCAUCAAGAAAAACAAAGCUGUAUGACUGACGAGAGUUUGCAAAAUGCUUGUUGUGAACCAAAACCACAGACUCUGAUACCUUUGGCUUCUCCUCACAGUUACUUAGUGUUUACAAGAGAGCAAGGUGAUAAUAAAGUUGCAGAGACUAACCAGUCUAACUCAUUGAUAUACCCUGAUAGUACAUCUCUGCUGGGUUCUCUUCAAAGUCUUGUUAAUUAUGACAGCUCAGAAGACUCUGAAUUAGAAUCAGAUGGAAAAGAGUGCUUGGUAAAUGCAAAGCAGGUACCUUUAAAUAAUGAGGGUGAGGCAAGGAUAAGGGAAACUGGUUGCAGCUACACAGAUGAUAAACAGAAUACACUCAUGUCUGAAGUGUUGCCUCUGAAACAAAAGGGAUCCAAUACCUCAUCCUGUUUGACUUGUAUGAUAUCUUCAGAUAACAUCAUUCCCCUAAGAAUAAUGCUUUACAAAUCAACAAAGUGUUUGGAAGAACUGCAAAAAGCUAUUUCUAGAUUGCAGAGAAGAAGUCUUUUCCCAUAUAAUCCAUCUGCACUGUUAAAACUGCUGAGCCACAUUGAGAAGAUCAGUAAGAACAUGAAUCCACAAUAA